AUGAGCACAGCUGACUACCUGACAAUAGAAGACGAGGAGGACGACAGCUCUGGCAGCCCUGUUGAGCCGCUCAGGUCGCUGCCACAAAUGUCUGCUGCAGGCCAGCAGCUCCUGCUCCUGCUGCGAGUCCUGAGGAACCUCUGUGCAACGGGCAUUGAGGCCACUGUCGCAAUGGCAGAAGAAGGGGUCCCGGAGCAGGUGGCGCACUUGGUGUCUGAUCCAAUGCAGGGCAACACUGACGGGACAGCACACUUGAGCAAGGUUGCUGCCCAGCUGCUGGCCAACAUGUCUGCAAAUGAGGGAGAGGCGUUGGACGCUGUAUGGAACGCAUGCUAUCCAAAGACGUUCGUUGAUCUGGCUGCCUUCCAACGUGAGUCCGCCCUGCUCUACGUCAUCGCGUCUGAGGAGUAUGCAGUUGCGCUCUGCGGUCCCGGUGGUUCAGUCAUCCUUCGGCGGCUGCUUGCUGCAUUCGUUCGAGAGGGUAGCAAUGCCGAGGUGGGAGAGCAAGUGAUGGAGCUGGGCUGGCUAAUUGGGCAUCUUGUGUACGUGCGCGGUCUGCUCCCGGAGCUCUUUGGAGCUUUGGCCGAGGUGCAGUCCGAGGACAAUGCUGUGGGGGCCACAUUGGAUCCACUGCAGUGUGUCCUGCUGGAACUCCUGUCAGAGGAGAUGGAGAAUGGGAGCACCCGCCAGCAGCUCAAGGUGUCAACAGAGGAUGCGCCGGACAAGGCUCUGCGAUCCCUUGUGUUCCUUGUCACCACCAUCCGAGAGCUGGGCUACGCAGUGGCAAAGACAGGGGGCGAGGCCCCACUGGAAGCGUCAGUGCUGGAGGCUGCUUUCCAGGUGCUGAAGGACCUGUUUGCGCUGGAUGAUGGAGGCGCAGGCAAGGCAUGUGGCAGGAAUCUGGGAAGUGCGCUGUGCCAGCAGGGACUUGUGUCGCUGCUGCUGUCUUUCCUGGUGGCCCUGGGGCCCAUCAGGCGGCAAACUCGCGCUGCUGCCCCUGAUGCAGGACAGCCCAGCAGCACCCAGGAGCGCCCAAUGGAUAACUCCAUCAGCUCAACAGCUGCGAAAUUCCCCAGGCUACCCCCAUACCUGGGCUUCCGGACUGAUGUAGUAGCAGUGUUGGCGCAUGCAGCAUACGGCAGGCGUCAGGUCCAGAAUGAGAUCCUGGAGUUGGGUGGGGUUCCCAUCAUGCUGAGCCAGUGUCAGGUGGAUGAUGCGAGCCCAAUGGUACGUGAGUGGGCUCUGUGGGGAGUGCGCAACCUGUGCAGGGGGAAUGAGCCGGUCCAGCAGGCCAUCCUUGACUUGCAGCCUGUGGCGCCACUGCAGAAUCCAGACUUGAUGCACCUGGGCCUGCAGGUGAAAAUGGACACUGCCACCGGCAAGUUCUCUGUCGUAAAGCAGGGUGGUGCGACGAGCCAGCUGAGCCUGCGGCGUGAGUCCGAGUCGGAUGCCUCAGCUGCGGCAGCGGCGCCGGCGGCCGGCGGCCGGCGGCCUAGCUAG